AUGGGACAGUCGACCUCAUCCCCAUUGUCUCUCACCCUCGACCAUUGGUCGGAGGUGUGGAAGAGGGCUCACAAUCUCUCCUUGCAGGUCAAGAAGAGUAAAUGGCUGGAUUUCUGUUCGACUGAGUGGCCUACUUUCUCUGUGGGAUGGCCACCAGAGGGGACUUUCCAUCUGCCCCUCAUCCUAGCAGUUAAGAACAUCAUCUUCCACCCCAGACAAGGGGGCCACCCUGAUCAGGUCGCUUACAUCUUGGUAUCGCAGGACCUCAGGGAGGAACCCCCACUGUGGGUGAAACCCUUUCUUCCCCCUUCUGACUCCUCUAUACCAAAGCUCUUAGCUCUGAAAGGACCUCCCGCUCCGGCUCCGGUCCUGCCCGACGCUCCUUCUCCUUCAGCACCCUCUUCACCUGAACCGAACCCCUCUUCUCCUCCGAUACCCAUGUCCCCUCUAUAUCCUCCGCUCCCUGCGAUGGCUUGCUCUGGGUCUACACCUCCGGGGCCCACGGGCUCAGCCCAGAACACUCGGAGCAAGCUACGGCCUGAGGACCCAGUUUUUACCCUUCCUCUUUGCCCCUACGGGCCCAUGAUAGAUGACGGGUCGGAUGGAGGGCAGAUGUCCGCUUUACAGUACUGGCCUUUUUCUACCUCAGAUCUCUAUAACUGGAAAAACAAUAACCCUCCUUUCUCUGAUGAUCCAUCUAAGUUAACAGGUUUAAUGGAUUCUAUCAUGUUCUCCCACCAACCCACAUGGGAUGACUGCCAGCAGCUUCUAGGGGUCCUGUUCACCACCGAGGAGAGAGACCGCAUCCUUCUGGAAGCCCAGAAAGCUGUUCCCGGAGAAAACGGCAGACCCACCCAGAGACCAGACCUGAUUGAUGAUUUCUUCCCCUUGAAACGCCCCAACUGGGACCCCAACUCACCUACCGGUAGGCAGCAUCUUUCUAUCUAUCACCAGACUCUAAUGGCAGGUCUCCAGGCGGCUGCAAGGUGCCCCACUAAUUUGGCCAAGGUAAGGGAAGUUACCCAAGGGCCUACUGAGACUCCCUCAGUUUUUCUGGAAUGCCUGAUGGAAGCUUACCGGCGGUACACGCCUUUUAACCCUGAAGAGGAAGGCCAACAGGGCUCAAUAGCCAUGGCUUUCAUAGGGCAAUCGGCUCCUGAUAUAAGACGUAAGCUCCAAAGGCUAGAUGGUCUGCAGGACCUAACUCUGAGGGAUCUUGUUAAGGAAGCUGAAAAAGUCUACUAUAAACAGGAGACAGAGGAGGAAAAAGAGUUAGCUAGGGACAAAAGACGAAACAAGGAAUUAGCUAAAAUGUUGGCCACAGUUAUUCAGGGAAAACCUGAGACAGGAAAGGGAAAGCCCACUCGCCCCCCAUUAGACCCUGACCAAUGUGCAUAUUGUAAGGAAAAAGGACACCUGAUCAAAGACUGCUCGCAGCGAUCCCGAGCCCCCAUGCUCGCCUUAGAUGAAGAAGACUAGGGACUUCGGGGCUCGGACCCCCUCCCCGAGCUCAGGGUAAUGUUUAAAGUGGAGGGGACUCCCGUAGAAUUCGAGGUCGAUACGGGAGCUGUUUACUCGGCCCUUCAGGCCCCCUUAGCGGCCCUUUCAACUAAGAAAUCAUUAGUUCAAGGGGCUAACAGGAGCAAAUAUCGCUCGUGGACUACUGAGCGUACAGUUGACCUAGGCAAGGGAAAAGUAAAACACUCCUUCCUGGUUAUUCCUGAAUGCCCGGCUCCCCUCCUGGGACGAGACUUGUGAACCAAACUGGGGGCGAAAAUCUCCUUUGAGCCCCAAGGACCUCAGGUGACAUUCUGUAACCCAAAGGUUGGGCAACCCAUGGUUACAGUGUUAUCUCUAAAAUUGGAAGAUGAAUAUAGGCUCUAUGACCACCGAGACCUCCAGCCCAUCGCCCCUGCCUGGCUAACUGAUUUUAAAGACUCUUGGGCCAAGACAGCUGGGCUCGGGCUGGCAAGCCAGCAACUGCCUGUAGUGGUCACUCUAAAAGCCACCGCCUCCCCUAUUCGAGUUAAACAAUAUCCCAUUAAUAGAGAAGCUCACCUGGGGAUCAAGGUACACAUACAGAUACUUUUAGACCAAGGGGUAUUGACUCCUUGCCGGUCUGCAUGGAAUACUCCGCUACUCCCGGUCAAAAAGCCCGGGACAAAUGACUACAGACCAGUACAGGACUUGAGGGAGGUCAACAGCAGGGUGGAAGACAUUCACCCCACCGUACCCAAUCCUUAUAACCUCCUCAGCGGUUUAAAUCCAUCAAGGACUUGGUAUACUGUUUUAGAUUUAAAGGAUGCCUUUUUCUGUUUGCCUUUACACAAAGAUAGCCAGCCCUUGUUUGCGUUUGAAUGGACGGACCCCGAGACUGGGUCCACCGGACAAUUGACCUGGACGCGCCUCCCACAGGGCUUCAAAAAUAGCCCGACCAUCUUUGAUGAGGCUCUACACAAGGAUUUAGCCCCCUUUCGGGCUCAACACCCGAACCUCACCCUCCUCCAAUAUAGCCAAAAACAAUUACGAGAGUUCCUGGGUACCGCGGGGUUUUGCCGGUUGUGGAUCCCUGGGUUCGCAACCUUGGCAGCUCCCCUGUACCCGUUACUGAAGGGGGGAUCUCCCUUUGUUUGGGAAAAGGACCACCAGCAGGCCUUUGAUGCCAUCAAGCGGGCCCUCCUAUCCGCUCCGGCCCUGGCCCUUCCUAAUGUGGAUAAACCCUUUACUCUCUUCAUUGCAGAGAAGAAAGGAAUAGCGAGAGGAGUACUAACCCAGGCCUUUGGGCCAUGGAGGCGUCUGGUGGCCUACCUCUCGAAAAGACUGGACACUGUGGCAAGCAGCAAAGACAAGGUAACUUUUGGAACCCCGGUGACUCUCAACCCGGUGACCCUGCUGCCGGAAGAAGCACCAGAACCCAUCCUCCAUACCUGCCAGGACAUCUUGGCAGAAGAGGCCGGAGUAUGGCCAGACUUAUUAGAAUACCCCCUACCCGAUGCAGAGGUGACCUACUUCACUGAUGGGAGUAGCUUCUUAAUUCAAGAUUCUCCUCCCAAAGAGAAAGCUCAGGUUAACCAAACCCCUGAGGCAUCUGACCUGACUACUUACAUACAACAGGCCCACCGGCUCACCCACUUGGGAGUUAAAAAGCUGUGCCUACUGGCCCAACGCCAGGACUUCCCGGGGGCAUCCCCCACUGCCAUACGUCAGGUAAUAGGGUCUGACAAUGGGCCGGCGUUUGUGGCUAAGGAUUGGACGAUGCUCCUGCCUUAUGCCCUUUUUCGCUCUCGAAACACCCUGUCUGCCAAACCCCCUAACCUUACUCCCUUUGAGAUCCUUUUUGGCACUCCACCACCUAUUCGGGAUCUCACUCCCUUAACUGAACAUGCUGCCUUGUUGCCAACCUCCCUGUCUGACAGGCUCAUCGCCCUCGACAAUCUACAGAGGGACGUUUGGAUGCAACUAGCCUCGGCCUACGCCUCCAGUGAGUUCCCUGCACCACAUCCGUACCAAGUGGGAGACUUUGUGUUCGUCCGGCGCCACCAACAAGAGACUCUACAGCCUCACUGGAAAGGACCAUACCAGGUCCUAUUAACUACUCCUACAGCGGUAAAGGUUGACGGGAUCGCCUCUUGGAUCCACACGUCACAUCUAAAGCCUGCUUCAGGGCCAGAGGACGACUCCUGGGAACUCAAAUGGUCUGAUAACCCCUUAAAACUUAAACUGAGCUGA